AUGGAUGAUUCUCACUGCUCCCUCCCCUCCAUCUCGAACCUCUUGGGUCUCGCGGAUGCUGGUUCGCCCACGACAGAUCCGUCACCAACAUCCUACCGCGGAUCCCCCAAAACACAAGGUACGGGAACUCGAAAGUGCUGCUGCUGCUGCCUUGACAUACACGGGCGGAGCAGGCGAGAGUUCGGCAACCUGGGAAGCCGUCCGGGCUCCAGGCACUCGGGCGCGUUCCAGCACCACCACCGCCGAGGGCUCCCGCCGACACCGCCACUGAGCACGGGUAGCGCAUACGAUGGCUACGGCUCGCCGUCGAGCCAGGAGAGGGGACACUUCCCGUUCGACUCGAGCAGAUCCUCCUCAUCCAGUCGCUUCCACGAGACGACGCCACCCCUGGAGCAGCAAGCGGAGCGUCCACAGCAACUGCAGGCCGCCGCCUCGCGGGCAUCACGGCUAUCUAUCCCCGUGCUGCCGCAACGAUUCACCGCCCCCGGGCAUCCCCAGCAGGCCGCCACCGGCGCCGCGCCGCCAGGCUACUACGGUGUCUCCGGUCACCAUGCCCUAGCACAGCAGCCCUUCCCCCAUCCCUACGCCGCCCAGCACAACAGCCAGAAGGCGCUCCCGCAGUCUUUCCUGCCUGCGCAGGAGGGCCAGAAACUGUGGCAGCACCACCACUAUCUGCAUUCGUCGCAGAGCAGCGUCUACCCGCAGGGCCAGGACAAGUACCUGUGCCCGAUGUGCAACAAGGCCUUCAGCCGGCCGAGCACCCUGCGGAUCCACAGCCGCUCGCACACGGGCGAGAAGCCGUACAAGUGCGCGUAUCCCGGCUGCGGCAAGGCCUUUAACGUGCGAAGCAACAUGAAGCGUCACGAGCAAGGCUGCCAUUCGGCCAGCGCUGCCCUUGGGAGCCGACCUAUGGUCUAG